AAGGCAGUGACUAACUAGAGGGAAAACAGACGACUUUCUUUUUGAAUCGCCUGGUCAAAGUCGCAUUGGAUAGUCGCUCCUUUCCACAAUGGAUCCCGACAAGAUUCUUAUUGCCACAGUGGAAGUAAAGAACUAUCAGCCAAAUGAAAUUUCGCUGAAUGUUGAGCAUGGCAAAAUUCGAGUCGAUGGAAAACAUCAUUCUGAGGGAGAAUUUGGUUCAGAGACGAGUGAAUUCCACCGGACCUAUGUAGUUCCAGAAAGUGUCGAUCCAUCAUCUGUUUCUUCCCGCAUCUCCAACGAUGGCGUUUUGUAUAUUGAAGGCUCAAAAAUCGCCCCAAAGGAAACUGAAGUUGCUCUAGUGGGAUCUUCUCAUGCMUCUGGGGACGUAGCUAAGAUCGACGAUAAGAAAUUUACCGUGACCCUGGAUGUUAGUAGUUUUUCUCCCGAUGAAAUAACCGUCAAAGUACUGAACAAUGAAUUGACUGUUAAAGCUAGACAUGAGUCUGAAUCGCACGGCCAUUUUACCUCUCGGCAGUUUAACCGCCAUUUUGUCCUCCCGAAAGAUGUAGACAUGGAUUCCGUCGUCUCGAAACUUGGAAAAGACGGUCGACUUCGCAUCGAAGCUGCGAGGAAAUCCCUCGCUUCGCCCACGGAAAGACAAGUGAAAAUUACUAUGGAAGACGAUGAGUGACAAUGACCAUAAAUUUGUUUUUGUUUUUUUUGUGUGUGUGGUUUUAUUUUUGGAUUUAAAGAUUAAAUGUAGGAAUGU